AAACUCACGUGCUCGUUCUCUUCCUUGAAGGCGGUGUCUUCUAGCUGCCGGUGAGGAGGAGUGUUGUUGUUUGUGGGGAAAGUACUUAAAAAGUGCAAAAACUAGUCUUCUACAAUGGGAACCCGAGAUGACGAAUACGACUAUUUGUUCAAAGUCGUACUAAUCGGAGACUCUGGCGUGGGGAAGAGUAACCUGCUGUCCCGCUUCACAAGAAAUGAGUUCAACCUGGAGAGCAAGAGCACCAUUGGGGUGGAGUUUGCCACCCGCAGCAUCCAGGUGGACGGCAAGACGAUAAAGGCUCAAAUUUGGGACACAGCUGGACAGGAACGCUACAGAGCAAUCACCUCAGCGUACUACCGGGGUGCAGUUGGAGCUCUCCUGGUUUACGACAUCGCCAAGCACCUGACAUACGAAAAUGUCGAGCGCUGGCUGAAGGAGCUGAGGGACCACGCUGACAACAACAUCGUCAUCAUGCAGGUCGGAAACAAGAGCGACCUGCGCCACCUCAGGGCAGUGCCCACUGAUGAGGCCCGAGCCUUCGCAGAAAAGAACGCUAUCUCAUUCAUUGAAACCUCCGCCUUGGACUCCACUAAUGUGGAAGAAGCCUUUAAGAGCAUUCUCACAGAAAUCUACCGUAUUGUAUCUCAGAAGCAAAUAUCGGACAGAUCUGGAAAUGAUGAGUCUCCAGGCAACAAUGUAGUGGACAUAAGCCUCCCCCCAACCACAGACGGGCAGAGGGGCAACAAACUCCCUUGCUGCCAAAGCCUGUGACGCUCUUAUCUUCUUUUCCUGUCCGACUCUCUGUCGGUCUUUCCUCUCUUCAUCUCUGGUUUACUUCAGAUGUCAUACUGCUGUCAUCAGAAUACCCUCACGGGUAUUUGACAUUCCUUUUUUGCUGGUUUCUUCUUGUUUGUUUGGAUUCAGAAGAUCCUGUCUGCAAUCAUUUACAGCCUCAUAAUAACCUGGAGAAGGAGAGAGUGUAAAGCUCUUAUGAUGUUGAUCUUGAAGCUAACUUCUUUUUAAUUAACUAGCCUUUAUGGUCCUAUUGACCUGCUCCUGUAGAAGGAGUGGUGAGGGAUCAGUAGACCUGUGUAUCACUGCUUCCUUCCUGUUCUCGGCUUUCAGUGAUACAGACUUUUGCCACGAUCUGCUACAGUGGAAUCCCAAUUUGAUGUCUGGUUGACCUGAUUCUGCCUAUCAUGCAAUACGGGUGUAGAAGAGGAGACGCUAAGGCGGUACCACUGGAGUAUUGAUGUGUACUCUGUCUGGAGUUUCUAUUUGCCUCUUUUAGUUUUCCUCUUUGAGCCAUGUGCCCACCGUGGCAUUAUAUUAGCAUGAGCACAGGGAACAGACUGGCUGUGACUGUCUGACUUAAUGUGGGCAAGUGUGAAACAAAUUUGUGUGUGUGUGUGUGUGUGUGUGUGUGUGUGUGUGUGUGUGUGUGUGUGUGUGUGUGUGUGUGUGUGUGUGUGUGUGUGUGUGUGUGUGUGUGUGUGUGUGUGUGUGUGUGUGUGUGUGUGUGUGUGUGUCUCAAAGAUACCAAAGGAGAUGGAUGCAAUCGUUAUCUGUUUUGGGUUUUCUCAUUUAAGUGUGUUCAAAGCUGCUGAGGUUGCAUUUCAUUGCUGUAUUUGGUGAACCAAUCCAGGCUAUUUUCAAAACAAUGUCUAAUGCUAAAUAGCAAAAAGUAAUGUUAUAAAUUGUGGUGUAUGAUUUAUUAUUAUUGAUAUUGUGUAAUAGUAUCAGCCUGGAUCAAGCCUUGUGUUCCUCACUUUUAAACAGGCUAUCUCAAAAUGAAAAUGUCUUUUGCACUUAUUGCCAAUCAUUUCAGUGGAACAAAUCACCAUAUAUUUUUAAAAUACACUCAACAUCUUUAUCGGGUAACAUUUUCCUGUUGGUUGUAAAGAAAAAGAAAAAUGCACUACAUGUGGUGUUUUUUUUUUUUUUUUUUUGUGUACAGCAUUUUCCCCUCAUGCACUCACCCUUUGCUGUCAUAUUAAUGUUAUCUGUUAAAGGGAAAUGGAUAAAGAUGUAAUCUGAAAACAUUUACAUGGAAAAUGAACUAAAAAUGUAACACUUACACUCCAGCUAGUUAAGAAAAUGGAACUGAAAAUCAGAAAUGCAAAUUGUUAAUAUGGUUGGCUGAAAUGCCUCUCUUUUCACUCAUCUGCGAGAAAUGCUUUCAGGUGUGAUUGUUUCGAUACAUUGGUGCGUGAUAUUUAACAUUUUUUCAAAAAUGUCAAGGUGGCAAAUGUUAACUUGUUUUGCUACUGUUCGCAUUACACAGAAAAUACUGAAGCUUAAAUAAACCGAAUCCACAUGAACAUAUAGGAGACAGACUUCUUUUUGGAUACAUUACUCACUCAGUGUACCCAUAACUUUAUGCUGUGUUCACCACUAUUGUUUAGCAACUUAGGCAUCACCUACCUUUGAAAAUCUACACAUAUGAGGGCUAGGUGCUCAAAGUUUUAGUAGUAGUUUUACAGCAUCUAAUCGGCAGGCUCCCUAAAAUAUUGCAUAUUUGGUUUUAGAAUUCUUCAUCCUUAUUCAAACAAAUAUUGUCAAUGUGAAUGCAUUUUAGCACUACAUAAAAGAAAUAUGUAAAAUGUUUAAAAAAAAAAAAAAAAUUCUAAAUUGCUUGUUCAAUCCAACGUGGUUGGCAUGUCUGAAAAGGGUUAAUUAAGUAGCUCUCCAUAAUUAAGAAAUAAUAUUCACUAUGCAGUUGUAAAACCUGCUAUUUCCAGGAAUGUAAAAUAAAAUGUGGAAAGAAAUGAG